GCCGCGGGGCAGCUGAGGCGCGGCCGCCGGCGCCGUUGUGAGCGGCGCGGACAACAAAGGCCGAGCGGCGAGCGGCUGGACAGUGCUGGUCUGAGCUGGGCCCCGUCUGAUGGCUUCCUCCCGUCCUCCGCAGGCUGCCGCAGGAGAUCGACUGCUUCCCGGAGGCCCAGGCCCCUCCCCCGAGGCGGAAGAGGACCCUGGCGAGGCCUUUGAGUUUGACGACAGCGAGGAUGAUGAGGACACCAAUGCCGGCCCGGCCGUCCCAGGCGCAGCGCAGGAGACAGAGGCAGACACACCCCUGAGCCACUUGGACUCCGCCCCCGUCGCUGACCUAGAGCCCAAGCCAGAGCCCGCACGGCCUCAGACACAGAGGCCAGCCGCCGUGAGCAAUGGGGACGCCGUGGAUGCAGCUUUCUCCGAGGCCCAGCGCUCCAGCUGGAGGCGGAAGAGUUCCCGUCGCAUCGAGCGGUUUACUUUCCCCGCCCUGGAAGAAGAUGUAAUUUACGACGACGUCCCCUGCGAGAACCUGGACUCCCAGCAGCCGGCAGAGGCGGAGAGGAACCAGCCCUACGAGGAUGUGCACCAGGACAGGGCGCCCCGGGAGCCGGAGGACCUAGGCUGGAGCUCCAGCGAGUUCGAGAGCUACAGCGAGGACUCAGGCGAGGAGGCCAAGCCAGAGGCAGAGCCCACCAAGCACCGAGUGUCCUUCCAGCCCAAGAUGACCCAGCUCAUGAAAGCGGCCAAGAGCGGGACCAAGGACGGGCUGGAGAAGACGCGGAUCGCCGUCAUGCGCAAAGUGUCUUUUCUGCACAGGAAGGACGUCCUGGGUGACUCGGAGGAGGAGGACAUGGGGCUCCUGGAGGUCAGUGUUCCGGACAUCAAACCCCCAGCCCCGGAGCUGGGCCCCAUGCCAGCUGGCCUGACCCCGCAGCAGGUGGUCCGGAGGCACAUCCUCGGCUCCAUCGUGCAGAGCGAGGGCAGCUACGUGGACUCUCUGAAGCGGGUCCUCCAGGAUUACCGCAACCCGCUGAUGGAGAUGGAGCCCAAGGCGCUGAGCGCGCGCAAGUGCCGCGCCGUGUUCUUCCGCGUCAAGGAGAUCCUGCACUGCCACUCCGUGUUCCAGAUCGCCCUGUCGUCCCGCGUGGCCGAGUGGGACGCCACCGAGAAGAUCGGCGACCUCUUCGUGGCCUCGUUCUCCAAGUCCAUGGUGCUAGACGUGUAUAGUGACUACGUGAACAACUUCACCAACGCCAUGUCCAUCAUCAAGAAGGCCUGUCUCACCAAGCCCGCUUUCCUCGAGUUCCUCAAGCGGCGCCAGGUGUGCAGCCCCGACCGCGUCACGCUCUACGGGCUGAUGGUGAAGCCCAUCCAGAGGUUCCCGCAGUUCAUCCUCCUGCUGCAGGACAUGCUGAAGAACACGCCCAGGGGCCACCCGGACAGGCUGUCACUGCAGCUGGCCCUCACGGAGCUGGAGACGCUGGCCGAGAAGCUCAAUGAGCAGAAGCGGCUGGCUGACCAGGUGGCGGAGAUCCAGCAGCUGACCAAGAGCGUCAGUGACCGCAGCAGCCUCAACAAGCUUCUGACCUCAGGUCAGCGGCAGCUGCUCCUGUGUGAGACACUGACGGAGACCGUGUAUGGUGACCGCGGGCAGCUGGUCAAGUCCAAGGAGCGCAGGGUCUUCCUGCUCAACGACAUGCUGGUCUGUGCCAACAUCAACUUCAAGCCUGCCAACCACAGGGGCCAGCUGGAGAUCAGCAGCCUGGCGCCCCUGGGGCCCAAGUACGUGGUGAAGUGGAACACAGCGCUGCCGCAGGUGCAGGUGGUGGAGGUGGGCCAGGAGGGCGGCUCCCAUGACAAGGACAACGCGCUCAUCCAGCACGCUGGUACCAGGAAGGCCUCGGCCUCAGGCCAGGCCCAGAAUAAGGUGUACCUCGGGCCCCCGCGCCUCUUCCAGGAGCUUCAGGACCUGCAGAAGGACCUGGCCGUGGUGGAGCAGAUUACCCUCCUCGUCAGCACGCUGCAUGGCACCUACCAGAACCUCAACAUGGCAGUGGCUCAGGACUGGUGCCUGGCCCUGCAGCGGCUCCUGCGGGUGAAGGAGGAGGAGAUCCACUCGGCCAACAAGUGCCGCCUGCGGCUCCUGCUUCCUGGAAAGCCCGACAAGUCCGGCCGCCCCAUCAGCUUCAUGGUGGUCUUCAUCACUCCCAACCCCCUGAGCAAGAUCUCCUGGGUCAACAGGUUGCACCUGGCCAAGAUCGGACUCCGGGAGGAGAACCAGCCGGGCUGGCUGUGUCCGGAUGAGGACAAGCAGAGCAGAGCCCCGUUCUGGUGCCCGAUCCUGGCCUGCUGCGUCCCCGCCUUCUCCUUCAGGGGCCUCAGCCUGCAGCUCGGGGCCCUGGUCCACAGUCCCGUCAGCUGUCCUCUGCUGGGCUUCUCGGCUGUCAGCACCUCCCUCCCACAGGGCUACCUCUGGGUUGGAGGCGGGCAGGAGGGCGCGGGGGGCCAGGUGGAGAUUUUCUCCCUGAACCGGCCCUCGCCCCGCACGGUCAAGUCCUUCCCACUGGCGGCCCCCGUGCUCUGCAUGGAGUACAUUCCAGAGCCAGAGGAGGGCGACGGCAGAGAUGGAGACAAGGGCUGCCCCGCCGCUGACACCUCGGCCGGGGUGCACCCCACCAUCUGCCUUGGGCUCCAGGACGGCAGCGUCCUGCUUUACAGCAGCGUGGACACGGGCACCCAGUGCCUGGCGGCCUGCCGGAGCCCAGGCCUGCAGCCCGUGCUCUGCCUGCGACACAGCCCCUUCCACCUGCUGGCCGGCCUGCAGGAUGGCACCCUCGCUGCUUACCCUCGGACCAGCGGAGGCAUCCCCUGGGACCUGGAGAGCCCACCCGUGUGCCUGCCUGUGGGGCCGGGACCUGUCCGCACCCUGCUGAGCCUGGAGGAGGCCGUGUGGGCCAGCUGUGGGCCCCGGGUCACCGUCCUGGACGCCACCAGCUUGCAGACUCAGCAAAGCUUCGAGGCGCACCAGGACGAAGCCGUGAGCGUCACACACAUGGUGAAGGCGGGCAGCGGCGUCUGGAUGGCCUUCUCCUCUGGCUCCUCCAUCCGCCUCUUCCACACCGAGACGCUGGAGCAUUUGCAGGAGAUCAACAUCGCAACCAGGACCUCCUUCCUGCUCCCAGGCCAGAAGCACCUGUGUGUCACCAGCCUCCUGAUCUGCCACGGUCUGCUCUGGGUGGGCACCGACCAGGGCGUCAUCGUGCUGCUGCCGGUGCCUCGGCUGGAAGGCAUCCCUAAGAUCACAGGGAAAGGCAUGGUGUCGCUCAACGGGCACUGUGGGCCUGUGGCUUUCCUGGCUGUGGCCACCAGCAUCUUGGCCCCGGAUAUCCUGCGGAGUGACCAGGAGGAGGCUGAGGGGCAGCAGGCCGAGGAGGACAAGCCAGACGGGCUGGCUCCUGAGCCGGCAACGGUGCCCGCGAGCCACGUGGGCGGGGAGCUGACCCGCAAGAAGGGCAUCCUUCUGCAGUACCGCCUGCGCUCCACCUCCCACCUCCCGGGCCCGCUGCUGUCCGUGCGGGAGCCAGAGCCUGCAGACGGCUCGGCCCUGGAGCACGGUGAGGAGGACGGCUCCAUCUACGAGAUGGUGGACGACCCCGACGUCUGGGUGCGCAACCGGCCCUGUGCCCGUGACGCCCACCGCAAGGAGAUCUGCUCUGUGGCCAUCAUCUCUGGAGGCCGCGGCUACCGCAACUUUGGCAGCGCCGCCGGCAGCCCCGGGAAGCCGGCCCCGUGUGGGGAGACGGACAGCACCCUCCUCAUCUGGCAGGCGCCCUUGAUACUGUAGCCCCGCCCAGGUCGCUGUAGCCCCGCCCAGGCCACUCGGUAGCCCCGCCCAGGCCACUCGGUAGCCCCGCCCAGGUCGCUGUAGCCCCGCCCAGGCCACUCGGUAGCCCCGCCCAGGUCGCUGUAGCCCCGCCCAGGCCACUCGGUAGCCCCGCCCAGGCCACGCUGCGCCAGGCCUGGCUGCCGCCCUCAGCCUGCAGACUCUCAGCCUGCAGUGGGCCCUUCCGGCGGUCCAGGGUCCCCAGGGAGCACUGGGUGGCCUUGCCCUCAGGGGCCUAAACGGGGCCGUGAGGACGGGCCUGGAACUCUGCCAUGUACCUGAGCAGAGCAGAGGGAAGCCUCUUCCUUUUUAAGAAAAAAACAAUUUCAGUGUUUAGGGGAGUGGUUUGGGUUUGGGGAAACAGAGGACACCUCCGGAGGAGAUGGCCUUCUUUUUAAAAGCAAAAAAAAACAAAACACAAAACCUCACAACUGCCUGGCAAGCCCAGCGCCUCUUGUCUGGGCCCAAGCGGGGCUCAUGGGUGGCCACACGCCCCUCCUGGAAGGGUGCGUGCGUGUGAGUGUAAGAGAGCGUGUGGGCUGGUGUGUGAAUGUAUAUAAAUACGUAUAUAUGGUGUAUAUUAUAUGUGUAUAAAUGGAGUCUGUACAUAUUGGAGCUCUGGGAGAUGCUGGAAUAAAAGGCAAGAAUAAUGGC